AUUAAUCAUGCUCAGGGGUGAAUGAUUGUCAUGAUAUGGAUUGAUCAAUGUGUUCUUUUCACGAGGCAAUAAUGAUGUGGACCAAAAAUAGUAUGUGGGAGGUACGGUUUGAUCCUCUAAUCAUCCAAGAUGGAAAGUGGUGGCGGAGUUGGCCGGUGAUAAUCUUACCUUCCACUCUGGUUAGGGCGGUGACAGGGCGCAAGGACUUUCUCGCGAUAAGGCCUCUAAGUGAGAGAGUGAGAGGUAAUUAUAGCCAAGACACAGCCUCUUGGUUACGGGUUAAUUUUCUGUUAUUAAGGCUUGAUAACAGUAAUAAAAUAUCAUGGAUAGGAUGAAACGAAGUAUAAGCACUUAAAUUAUCUGGUGGUCGUUUUCAAUUAAUUUUAGCCACUCCUAUACAGCUAUCCUCCUCUUCUGUCCCCACCCUCUUUUUUUUGUUCAGUAAAACACCAUAGCCAAAUGUACCGUGAGUUGGUGAUUGAUUAGCUAUGUUGCUGAAAUCAUUACCCUGUGCUUCUCACUUGGAUGCCACAAGAAUUGCUACUUGUCAAACUCCAUCUUCUUCUUCCCUCUUCUAUACUUGUACUUCUUCCUCCCCUUCCCACCUUUCUCUUUCCUUCUCUGUUUCUUCUAUUUCAACCUCUCUUCCUCUUCGAAAUCUUCGUUUCCGACAUGAGCCUCUUCCUAAGAAAUGCAUCCAAAAGAAAUUGCAGGUGAAUUGCGCCAUCAAUGAGCCUCUUAAGGUUAUGAUUUCAGGAGCACCAGCUUCUGGUAAAGGAACCCAAUGCGAAUUGAUUGUCCAAAAGUUUGGACUGGUUCAUAUUUCCACUGGAGACCUCCUGAGGGCAGAAGUGGCAGCUGCCACUGAAAUUGGGAUCAAAGCAAAAGAGUACAUGAACACAGGCCGCCUAGUCCCUGACGAAAUUGUCACAGCUAUGGUUAAAACGCGACUUUCCCUUCAAGAUGCGAAGGAAAAAGGUUGGCUUCUGGACGGGUAUCCACGGACCUCAGCUCAGGCUCAGAGUCUUGAAGAAUUGGGAAUCAGACCAGAUGUUUAUAUUGUGCUAGAGGUUCCUGAUGAAAUUCUGAUCAACAGAUGUGUUGGUAGACGGCUUGAUCCUGUGAUAGGGAAGAUUUAUCACAUAAACAAUUUUCCUCCUGAAACAGAGGAAAUAAAAGAAAGACUUGUCACUCGCCCUGAUGACACUGAGGAAAAAGUAAUAUCUCGUCUGGAAAUAUAUAAAAGAAAUGUGGAGGCAGUCUUAACAACAUAUAUGAAUAUAGUGAAAAAGAUUGAUGGAAAUCGCCCAAAAGAAGUAGUUUAUGGAGAAAUUAAUUCUUUAUUGAGCAAUGUAAAGGAUGAAAAACUGAAGGCUUCCACCACAGGAAAUGCAGUAACUAAGAGCAGCAAUUUCAAUCUUGCAACUCCAAACAAGGAUAAGUGGAGAGGAAUCCCUACAAGGUUAAAUAAUAUUCCACAUUCCAGAGAAAUAAGAGAAUAUUUCUAUGAAGAUGUGCUGCAAGCUACACUGAGAGCUGUAAAAGAUGGAAAAAGGAGACUGAAGGUGGAGAUCAGUAUUCCAGAGCUGGACCCAUCUACGGAUGUUUAUAGAAUUGGGACUCUGAUGGAGCUUGUUCGAGUCAUAGCCCUUUCAUUCGCUGAUGAUGGAAAACGAGUGAAGGUUUGUGUCCAAGGAUCAAUGGGUGAAGGUGCAUUGGCAGGAAUGCCAUUACAGUUGGCAGGCACUCGAAAGAUUUUAGAGUUCAUGGACUGGGGUGAUUAUGAGGCCAAAGGGACUUUCAUCAACAUAGGUUCCAUAGGUGGCAAUGAGGUUGAUGAACAGGAUGACAUGUUUAUUCUAGUGGCUCCUCAGAAUGCUUUUGGAAAUUGUAUCAUUGAUGAUCUGAGAGCUAUGACUGAUGCUGCAGGGAGUCGUCCAGUUAUUCUCAUAAAUCCUCGCCUCAAGGACUUGCCUGGCUCAAGUGGCAUUAUGCAGACGAUGGGUCGUGAUAAGAGAUUGGAGUAUGCCGAGUCAUUUGAGAAUUGCUACUCCUUUCGGCUUCUCUACUAUGCAGGAACUCAGUACCCAAUCAUGGGUGCUCUCAGAAUGGCGUAUCCCUUCCCAUAUGAAGUAUACAAGAGGGUAGACGAAGCUCCUGGAAAAGAAAAGUAUGUCAUGCUGUCCACAUUUGAGAAGAAGCCAACUUCUGAUGACAUUAACAAUGCAUUCCUAGGGAAGCCAAGAGAACUGAAGAAUUCAUCUGGUUUUUGGGGUUUCUUGAGUGCCAUUCUGGGUUAAACAUUAAACAUAUUGUAGCAUCUUGCACUGUCUUAUAGCGACCAAUUACCUCCUCCACUUCAUUGCCAUAUCAGUGUUCUGGUUUGGCAGAAUACUCGUCUAUAGAGGAAGGAUUUAGUGUAGCAUGAUUAUGUAAAUGAUGCGCCCUUAAUUUCUUCACAAAAUCACCUAGAAUUGAGGGCAUUUUUUACAGUCACAUAUACUUGUUAUCUUAUGCAGGGACUUGUGCCUCGUAUUACAUAUAGAUUUCUUAUUCAAAUUUAGUGAAUAGUGGCAAAUUAUAUGUUAUAGAUUUCUCUAUUCUAUUCUGUGUCUUUUGUCCAACGAACUGUGCUGGCUUAGAUGAUCAUCCUAGGAUCAUGUAACCAUUCUCCGAUCCUGUAGUGCUUCAUUGCUAUGAGGUGAAUGUGAAUCUUCCUAAGCUAAAGUUUUUGGUUUAAUUUGUGUGGAAUAGCAUAUAUUAACAGGCACACUAAUUGUACCAUGACUUUUCUUUUUGAAUCAAUUAAUGAAUGAGAUGCUCCUUAUGUUCCUA